CCACACGGCGCCAUAUUAGAUUGACGCUACACUGCUGCGGACCAAGUCGGGGAAGACGGACAGUUCUCCAGAUGUCCAGGGUCCCCAGGCCGCAGUAGUCUGUUUGCAAAACACAGAAGGGUACUGCUGUAUGGUUGACAUCAAGUAAGAGGAGUAAGCAUCUCGAGCAGCGUCGUCCGGGGCGUCUUGUUUUCGUCGUGGUUCAGCUCACUCGGCCGGCAGACAUGACUUCCUUGACUCAGCGGAGUUCGGGCCUCGUGCAGAGGCGGACCGAAGCCUCGCGCAACGCCGCUGACAAAGACCGUCCGCCCGCCGAGGAGGACGACGAGCCCCGGCGAGGUGACGAGCAGGUAGAAGACGACCCCGGAGACUCCAAAGAAACACGCCUCACCUUGAUGGAAGAAGUGCUGCUGUUAGGCCUGAAGGACCGAGAGGGCUACACCUCGUUCUGGAAUGACUGCAUUUCAUCCGGUUUGCGAGGAUGCAUGCUGAUUGAACUGGCCCUGAGAGGACGCCUCCAGCUGGAGACGUGUGGCAUGAGGAGGAAAAGUCUGCUGGCCAGGAAGGUAAUUUGUAAGUCAGAUGCUCCAACAGGUGACGUGCUACUGGAUGAAGCCCUGAAACACAUCAAAGACACCCAACCACCAGAAACUGUGCAGAGCUGGAUCGAACUGCUCAGUGGAGAGACGUGGAACCCCCUGAAGCUUCAUUAUCAACUGAGGAACGUCCGUGAACGGCUGGCCAAAAACCUGGUGGAGAAGGGUGUCCUCACUACCGAGAAGCAGAACUUUCUGCUUUUUGAUAUGACCACACAUCCUCUGACCAACAACAACAUCAAGCAGCGCCUUAUCAAGAAGGUCCAGGAGGCUGUACUGGACAAGUGGGUGAAUGACCCUCAUCGAAUGGACAAGCGGAUGCUCGCACUCAUCUUCUUAGCUCAUUCCUCCGAUGUCCUGGAAAAUGCCUUUGCCCCGCUGCUAGACGACCAAUAUGACCUGGCCAUGAAGAGAGUGCGGAAUCUGUUGGAGCUGGAGCCCGAGGGGGAGAGCAUGAAGGCUAACACCAAUGAGCUGGUAUGGGCUGUGGUGGCGGCCUUCACCAAAUGAGUUCACUACAAAAAGGACAGCAAAGCAGUUGUGGCAUUCAAGUGGCAUUGUGCAUUGGGGUGGGAAUCACAAUACUGACACCAAUAUGGUGACUUAACGGACUUACAGUUUACCCCAGCCUGGACUUUUGGAAUCAAGCUCUAUUCUUGUUCCUCUGUCUAUCUCAUUUUCUUUUACUUCCAGAUUACUGUCCUUGUUAAUCCGCCAUGGUCCCUUUCCCCACGUGUCCUUUAUGUGUUCACUUUUGCUAAAAAAAUUAAUAAUAAUAUGGAACUUUAAAUGAAGUGGUUGGUGGUGAUAUGGGUGUGGCUGAAAUCAAGAAUUUGAUUUAUAUCUUUCUUUUCUAUUGGGUAUAUCUUUAACACAGUUCGAGGUACAGUAUGUUUGGCAGAUGUUACUUGAGGUACCAUCUUAACACAUCUAAUAAUACAUAGGCAUGAACGUUUUUAAAUCGGUAUCCAAAUGUGAUAUGUAAGGGUUAGGGUUAGUCACAGCAUUGUUUUACUUUUAUAUCAAGUACUGGGGGAAAACUAAUAUGGUCAGAUCCAAAAGUUUCUAACUGGUACUGUGAACCUUCAACAUUUUUAAAUUCCAGUUUUUUACUCUGUCCAUUUUCUUAAUCCAUCUCAUCCAUCCAUUAUUAUGGAUAAAUGCAAAGGACGAGAUUGUCCCAGCUACAUAUACUGAAAUGUUGCCAGUAUAUAACAGGGCUGACACGUACAAGCAGAGAAACAUUCAGACCUGCAGAGAGUUUAGAGUUUAUAGGUCACUUGCCUGCAAGGUCAGGUCAAAGGACCAUUGAGGAAAACCACAAGGGCACUUGAGGGAAAUUAUACUCUGGGCUGGGCAAUUAACCAAAAAUGUAUCGAAAUGACAUUUAUAACCUCUAACUGACCUAAUCUUGAUGAGGUCGGUUAAUUUGGUUAAUACUAUACCCAAUGUGUGCAUUCACGAACUGUCAGGUCUCUUUUCCAUACCUUUUGCUGCUAUGGUCCGGGUACCUUGUACUGUGCCGUCCUCACAUUGACAAGUUAACAAUAAAAACACUUAUAGGAAGUUAUUAGGAUACAUACAGGACUAGGAAGACUACUGUGUGUUUGUUUGAGUCUGUCUAUAGUUUAGGAGACUUUAAACACCUCGAAAAAAGUCCAACAUUCUCUACGAAUGCAGGUCACCUGCUAGGCACAACACAAUGCAUAAUGUGAUACGCACAGCCAGGACAUCAGAGUAAAAGCGACCAGAACGAUCUGGAUUUGUAAUCCGACAUCAUCGAUGAAUUACUCAAUGUGUGAAGAGCAACUGACACACACACUCCUGCAAACAGAAGAGAAAUUCUUCCAGCAAAUUAUGAAGCAACGAGAAGUUUUAAAUUAAAAGUUGCAGAAAAAGCUACGCCCUUUUUUAAAUUUAAAUUUGAAUUCAGCAGGUUACGAUAUAGGUCAGUUCUACAUGUGAAUGAUUCAGAAAGAGCAGAUGAGCAGAAUCGUUGACUGGCACUUAGUAAUGCUCCUCAUGGGUAGAGGUGGUAAGAUCACGAUCUGGUGGUAGGGGGCAUAAAGUAAUUGAUCGUAUUAGAGGUACAAUUUAAAAUAAUCACAAUAUUGAUUUGAAGUCAUAUCGCCCAGCCCUACUAACCAUAGAGCCACUCUGCAACCUGAAGGUCCAUUCCUUCUUGUUAAGGUUAUGGGAUUUAUUCUUUGUUUUGUUAAUUACCUAAACAACCCUAAAUGUGCAUGGACAGAUCAUGGAAGAUAGAAUGCUGAUUUAUAUGAUGUGUGACAUACAAUAGACUUCAGCUCUAUUCAAUAUUUGUAGAAAAAAAUAAUUACAUUAGUAGCCUGGUUUAAACUAUUGUGCAAACAACAGUUUAGAUGAAAUAAUAUAAAUCCCUCACGUGCAGAAUUGAUAUGGCUGAUAGAAAAACAGUAUGCAAGCCCUGAGAAACAUGGAGAAAAACAUUUGCAUUUGCAAAAACAGUUGUCUCUCCUGUGUUUAGAAAAGGUUAAACAAAGAGUUAUUUGCACCACUGUCAAAGUCUGAAUAGGCCUGAAACCAUUCAUGUCUUCUAGGUGAUUUUUUAAUUACUCCAUGCAUAACCUAUUGAGUGUUUUGGCUAGUUACGUUACAUUACUUUCAAUGGAAAAUUUAAAUACAUGCGUUGCUAAAGAAAGAAAUUGACAGUAAUGUCCCAUACUCGCACAAAAUGUGUAACUUGUGUUUCUAGUGCAUGCACAUAUUAAAAAACACCUGGAAGAAAAAACGAAUGCCUUUAGUCCUAUUUUGACUGGGGCGCAUCCAAGCCUCUUGAGGCCAAAACGAGUAUUACAAAACAAAAACGUGUUCCUCACCCAUUGCUAAUUCAAACACUUAGAAAAUUGAUCUCCAGAUUAAUUCCUAAUUGCCUCUCAAAACCUAUCAUGAUUUUUUUUUUGGGGGGGGGGAUGCAUUAAAAAUUAUAUGUUCAAAUAAUAUAUUAAUCUAUCAUAAGUAUGAGACUCCAAGACAAAACACUCAACUCUGCUUCUCCCACCCCUGCCUCUCCCUGCUCCAUCAUUCUGUCUCAGCUAGCAUAGGAAAACGUCGCUUAGUCAUUUUAGAGGGGAUCACUGCUCUGUGGCCAGGCCCUUCAAUGACCCUAACACUAGCUUUAAUACAUAUUUUUGAUAAAAUUAAUUGUAUACAGGCCAUGUUAUUUUAAAUUUCCUCUGACCAGCUUUUUAUGAUUGGGAUUAGCUCUGUUGCUGAUGCACUGUGAAAAUGGUAGAUAUCAAAAAGUGUAUAUUCAGGAUUCAAGCCUGCAAUAUCUGAAUGAUAACAGUUGAAACCAAACGUAAUUUAGUCUGGGUCCAAUGUAAUGCUUUUGUUUUUGCUCCCCGCUCCUUGAUACAUUAACCCUGUCUAAAAUGUAUUCUUCUUUGCAUUUGCAGUGGCAUCAACUCUGUUGGCUGAUACUGACCCCUCGCAUGAGGGGCUGUUGAGGAUUGCACUGAUAAGUUUUCAUUACAGGAACAAACUUAAGAAAGCUGACUGCAAAUCAAAUAGAACCAUACUUUCCCUAGUUAGUGUAUAAUCAAAAAUCAAGUAAUUACGUGGGAUACUGCAUUUACCAUUCUGGAUUUGUCUUGUAUGAAGAAUCAAAUAAUUGAUGAAGUGGAACUCUGAACAGGGAGAGGUCUGGGGUAUGUUUAGUCAGGCAAUUUCAAAAACUACUAAACAAAAGUACAUUACCUUUAUUGAUAUGAUACACUACUUAAAAAAAUACAAAACCCAAAACGGGACAUUUUAACACAGACGGGAAACCUAUCUCUUAUUAUAAACCACUUACAGUUUGGUAAAAUCUCCUCGGGGCCAUAAACAAAGGUUUUGACCACUUUUAUCAUACUAACCUCUAAUGCGAUGGCUGUUUCUGAUUCUUUUUGGCAGGGGUCAGAUGAUAGUGAUGAUUAUGGUGUAAAUGAUAAUACUCUUAACUGGUUUUAGCCAAAACACCUUGUCUAAAUCAAAUACUUAAACUCUGGGAGAGCCAUGCACGGCUUGCAAAGACGUACCAAACUCUGCAGUGAUUCAAAAAAAUGGCAAGUUGUUAUCUUUUCAUCACAUUGGACUGUAAAUAAAGACAGAUAAAGCAUUUCCA